AUGUUUUAGCUUUGGAUAUUCCUUUCACAAAAAAAAAAAAAAAAAUCGUCACCAUCGAGAAGAUUGAUUUUCAAAAAAGCGAAACGCCAGAGAUAAAGCACAAUACACACACAGAGGAAUAGCGGUUUCGAUUGUCAGCUUUUUUAAAAUUGCAACGAAGCUUCUUCUUCUUGUUCGUCUUCAGAUUUUGAAAGAACAGUAACUGGAUUUAGAAGAUUUAUUAUUCAAUUUAAAAGAGUGGAGAAGAAAAAUGAGCUAAAAGAUCAGAUCAAAGGAAAGAGAGUUUUCAGAGGAAUUAUCAUCGGAUCUCAUUGUAAGGAGUCUUUUCAUAGUAUUCUACAUUGUGGAAGCACCUUGGAAUUGGCUUAAUUUGAUCUUGUAAGAAACUGUAACCUUUCGGGGCAUUAUGCAUGUCUGGCCUUGUGGUCACUGUUGGUAACGUGGAAGAAGGACUUUCUCGCGCAGAAAGAACUAAAUCUCUUGAUGCCAUCAUUGACAAGGACAACGGAUGUAUACUAACCAAUGGUGAUGCUAACCAUAGUUCCGAAACAGCUGGAUUUAGAGUUGGAGAACUCUUGCUGCCGAAUGGGGACUCUUAUUCCGGGUCAUUGCUCGGAAACAUGCCAGAGGGUCAAGGGAAGUAUGUUUGGCAAGGUGGUUGUGUGUAUGAAGGAGAAUGGAGACGUGGGAUGAGGCAUGGGAUUGGCAAAAUACAAUGGCCUUCUGGAACUGUUUAUGAUGGUGAAUUCUCAGGUGGAUAUAUGCAUGGUACUGGAACAUAUAUUGGCUCUAAUAAAUUGACUUAUAAGGGGAGAUGGAAGUUGAGUCUCAAACAUGGUUUAGGAUACCAAGUUUAUCCUAAUGGAGAUGUGUUUGAAGGCUCCUGGAUGCAGGGAACACCGGAAGGUCCAGGAAAAUAUACUUGGGCCAAUGGAAAUGUUUAUCUAGGGAAUAUGAAGGGUGGAAAAAUGUCGGGCAAAGGAACUCUCACUUGGACAAAUGGAGACUCCUUUGAAGGAAGCUGGUUAAAUGGAAUGAUGCACGGAUUUGGAGUGUAUACUUGGAGAGAUGGUGGUUGCUAUGUAGGAACUUGGACACGGGGUUUAAAGGAUGGAAAAGGAUCAUUUUAUCCCCAAGGCAACCGGCUUCCGGCCUCACAAGAAGUUUACCUCAAUGCUCUCAGAAAAAGAGGAUUGUUACCAGAUUUGAGAAAACAGAAUCAUUCUCAUAUCCACCAUGCUGCUUCUGUGGACAUGGGAAGUGUCAAGGUUGGUGGCAACCGGGUAUCUAAUCGUAAUUCUGAUAAGCUAUCAGAAGGAAACUUAUUAAAUCUACAGCAGUCUCGCAACAGAAAUGUUUCCUUGGAAAGACGUUGGAGUCUGGAGGUAUCCAUUGAGAAAGUGAUUGGGCACGAUUCGUCAUUAGAGUUAUCUGAUUCUUUUAAGGAAGGGAGAGAAAACGGAAGUGAAACAAAUGCGCCAAUCUUAGAACGUGAAUACAUGCAAGGUGUCUUAAUUAGUGAGCUUGUGUUGAAUAAUAGUUUUUCACCAUCAUCUAGAAGAGCGAAGCGGAGACAGAAAAAGUUAGCAAAAGAGGUUAAGAGGCCUGGAGAAGCAAUCAUUAAAGGUCACAGGAGUUAUGAUUUAAUGCUCAGUUUGCAGCUUGGAAUCAGAUACACUGUGGGGAAAAUUACACCUGUGCAACGACGAGAGGUUAGAGCGUCAGACUUUGGCCCCCGAGCAAGCUUUUGGAUGAAUUUUCCUAAAGUGGGAUCACAAUUGACACCUACCCAUCAGUCUGAUGAUUUUAAGUGGAAAGAUUACUGCCCAAUGGUUUUCAGGAAUCUAAGGGAGAUGUUCAAGAUUGAUGCUGCCGACUACAUGAUGUCCAUUUGUGGAAAUGAUGCUCUCAGGGAACUUUCUUCUCCUGGGAAAAGUGGUAGUAUCUUCUUUCUGUCUCAAGAUGAUCGUUUCAUGAUUAAGACACUCCGGAAAUCUGAAGUAAAGGUUCUUCUAAGAAUGCUUCCCAACUAUCAUCAUCACGUGAGAUCAUAUGAGAACACACUCAUCACAAAGUUCUUUGGGCUUCACAGAAUCAAACCAUCUAGUGGUCAAAAGUUUCGCUUUGUAGUAAUGGGAAAUAUGUUUUGCACUGAGUUAAGGAUUCAUAGAAGAUAUGACUUGAAAGGAUCAUCACAAGGGCGUUCUGCUGACAAUGUUGAAAUUGAUGAGAACACAACGCUUAAAGAUCUGGAUCUCAACUACUGCUUUUAUUUGGAACCUUCUUGGCGAGAUGCUUUAUUAAGGCAAAUAGAGAUUGAUAGUAAAUUUUUGGAAGCACAAUGCAUUAUGGAUUAUAGCCUUUUGCUUGGUGUGCAUUAUCGGGCACCCCAGCAUUUGAGGUCUCUCAUGUCCUACAACAGAACGGACGGCCUAGGGAGUGUUGCAGAGGAAGAGGAAGAUGAAAUCACCAACUAUCCACAAGGCCUUGUAUUGGUCCCUCGUGGAACAGAUGACAAUAGUGUUGUUGCAGGUCCUCAUAUACGAGGUCGACGUUUGCGUGCAUCAGCUGUAGGUGAUGAAGAAGUAGACCUGCUUCUCCCUGGCACGGCAAGACUCCAAAUCCAGCUCGGAGUGAACAUGCCAGCAAGGGCCGAACAGAUUCCAGGUAAAGAAGAAAACAUGUUCCAUGAAUCAUAUGACGUUGUGUUAUAUCUGGGAAUCAUUGACAUUUUGCAAGAGUAUAACAUGACUAAGAAGAUUGAACAUGCCUAUAAAUCUCUUCAGUUCGAUUCACUAUCCAUAUCUGCCGUCGACCCUACGUUUUACUCGGAACGGUUCUUGCAAUUCAUUCAGAAGGUGUUUCCUCUAAAUUCCAUGAAAACCUGAUGAAAAAUGUGUUGGGUCCAUAUUGUCUUACUGUGAGUUAAAAAAAAAUUGAGUGAUUAGGACCCGUAGGAGACACCAUUUGCAAUACUCUCUGUGGUGAUAUUGCUGAAAUACUUUGUUGUUCUUAGGAGCCGAUUUUUAGUGAUUAUGUUUAUAGUGAGUAUAGUUGCCUGCCAUUGUUUUUGUUUCUUGUAUGAUAUAUGUAUGUAUAUGUACUAUUGGAAUACAUGUUCGAUGCUUUAUUCUAUUCUUUCGCGACUUUUUCAAACUAGUGGAAAAGCAAUAGAAAGAUAACCCAGUAAACAUGAUCUGAUCUAAUAAUAGUUCUUCUUUGGUGCUUAGACUAAA